AUGGAAAAUAGAUAUAACAUCUUCAAUGAUACUCCUCGAGGAGAUCAUUGGAUGAAGACAUAUGCGUCUUCAUCACCGGCAUCUCCAAUUGACAUUAAAACACAGGAGAAAGAUGCUUUCUCUUCUUAUAACGCUCAAACCACUAAUAAUAAUGAACAUGAUUUUACCAUUCGUUCGCGACAUCCACGUUCAUCAUCACGAUCUUCGCCAGAUAUACACUAUACAGAUCACCACUCCUCACCUCUUAAUGGACAAAAUAACAAUAACAAGAACAGCAAGGGAAAUGGCAAUAACAACGCCAAUAUCCAACCACUGAUAUCCACAGAUAUAUUAGAAGUCUCUAAACAAAGAACCCUUAUCCUACUGUUAUUCUUAUUAAUUCAAGGUUAUAAAAUUUAUGAUUUAAUACUUUUAAAAAGUGGGUUACCUGUUCCUGGCAUUUUAUUCAAUUCAUCAUCAAAUUUUUAUUCUCGUUUCAAUUUCAUCUCAAAAUAUUUAAUCAUUGACUCUAUGUUCUUUUACCUUUUACCAACUUUUAAUAUACCAAAAUUAACAUUCACUAAAUGGAUUGUAAUCAUACAAAUUGCUAUAAUGUCAAUUACCACAAUUGUCUUGUCUCAAGAACAUAAUUUUAUAUUUAUUUCAAUGAUGAUUACAAGUUGGAAAAAAUUGUAUUCCAAAGAAUUAAGUGUCACAGGAUCAACAAUAAAUCAUAGAAAAUUAAUGAAAUCUUCAUCAUCCUCUCAUUUUAAAGGUGCGUUGACAAUCAAAAUAUUACCUGAAAAUACUGCAAUGUUAAACCCUUUGCAUGAUUCCUUCUGUUUACCAUUAGACUCCAACUUAAAUGGUUAUAUACCAAAUAAUAGUUUAAAUAUACCAAUUAGAAUCAAUUCCACACAAGAAAUUCAAUUCAUUCAAUUAGAAUAUAGAGAUUUAUACACAAAUGAAAUCCAAUUAAGAAAUUUAACAAAGGGUAAAAAUAAAAAUUCUUUCAAAAUUAUUAAUGAUCCAACUUUUUUGAUAUUGAAAGAUUCAAAAUUACAUGGUGACACUUCUAAAGAUUCCACAAUUCGAUACAUCAAUAUUCCAAUUAAUGAGAUUGGAUUUUAUCAAAUUAAAAAAAUCGUAGAUUCAAAAGGUUUAUCUUUGAAAAUUUUAAAAUCUCAUUUAAUUGUCCCUCAUUGUCCAAUUGCUUCUAUAUCAUCACCAACUAAUUCAUUAUCAAAGGAUAAAUGUAUAGGUGACGUGGAUUCCAUUGCAAUCGAUAUUCAAGGAGUACCGCCUUUAAAAUUAAUUUAUUCCAAGAUAAUUGAUGGUAAAGUCUAUCAAUUUGAAGAUGAUAAUUUACAACCGGAAUAUUUCCAAUCUCCAUUACAAUAUCCAACUUCUCAACAUACACAAUCCAAAGAGAACCCUAAUAAAAACAUUCAUGACAAGAUGUUUGACGUCGAUUCAUCCCAUUUAACAUUACAUUCCCAUUCUCAAAGACAAAGGAAAAGAUUUGUAUUCAAUGAUAAUGAAUUGUCAGACUUACAAUGGGCUCAUAAUCAACCAGUUCAUAUUAACUUAUCAUCAAUAAUUAAUGAAAAGGGACAUUAUUCUUAUAGAAUUGAUAAAUUAAUCGAUAGUCUCGGUAACAUCAUUGAUUUUUCCACUUUUUCAAAUGAAUUAUUAGAAAAAUUCGAUUCUAUCUAUCAAUUCAAUGCUCAUUCCAUACCAAAGGCAUCAUUAGAAGAACAUUAUGAUCCUUAUUCACCAACAAAGACUUCCAUCUUUAUUAAUUUCGAAGAUGACGAUACUUCAAAUAAGGAUAACAAUAACAAUAACAACAGUGUCUUAGAAUCCCCUUAUAAUGUCGUAUUAUCAUACACUGAUUCGAAUGGUAAUAAGAAAAAUUUGGAUAAUAUAACUUCUCAUCUAAUGAAAUAUAAAUUCGAUGCUCCAUACCCAGGUGCUUACACUCUAGAAUCAAUAAAUUCAAAUUUUUGCCCCGGUGUAAUCAUCGGUAAAUCUGAUGUCUUGGUCACUGAACCUAUCCCACCAACUUUAAAAGUCACGUCAAGAUCAAUAAUGGAUGAAUGUGUCGGUCAAACUGGAUUGAAUUUCGAUCUUUUAUUCACUGGUAUACCACCAUAUAAUUAUAACGCUAAAAUUUACAAGAUGAUUAAAGAUCCACGUACAAAUAAAAUCAUCACAAAAUUAUAUGAUACCAAGAGACUAGAUUCUAAGACUUCAAGAAAUAAAUUCACUUUCAUUCCAUCUCAAGAAGGUGAUUACCAAAUCAUUUUCGAUAAUUUAACAAAUGAUUUAUUUAGAGAUCCAAUCCAAUUAUUACCAGCUAACGAUUACACUUUCAAGACUUCCAUGAGAGUGAAACCAAGUGCAAGAAUUAAUUCCAAAAAAUUGACCUCUUCUUCUCGUAAUGAUGUCAUUAAAUUAUGUCUAGGUGGUCAUACUAAGAUACCAAUUGAUUUAAAGGGUGAACCUCCAUUUUAUUUGAAAUACGACAUUUUGGAAACAAUGUCCAAUAAGAGAACCACAUAUGAAGUGGAUGAUAUCAAUUCAACAAGUUAUUAUUUAGACACACCAAUAUUUAACACAGGAGGUGAUUAUAUCCUUUCAUUAGUUUCUAUCAAAGAUACUUCUGGUUGUUUAGUUGGAUUAAGUGAACCUGAUGCAAGAAUUAAAGUUAGAAGAGAUAUCCCAUUCGCGUCAUUUAAUCAAUUAGAAGAAGGGAAAAUUAUGAUUAGAGAGGGCGCUACCGUAGAUAUUGCAUUGAAAUUGAAUGGGGAUCCUCCAUUUAAAGUUAAAUAUGAAUAUCGUGAUUUGAAUCAUAAUUUACCUAAAGUUCAUGAAACUGUUUUCCAUUCAAAUUAUAAACCUGUUUUGAAAGUUUCCAAAGAAGGUUCUUAUAAGUUAUUGGAAAUGAAAGAUUCUACUUGUGAUGGAACCAUUGAAAAUGGUUCAAAUGAAUUUGUUAACGUUACAUUUUUAGACAAACCAACUUUUGAAAUAAAGGCACCAUCAAAGAAAGGUAUGAAAGUGUCUAAUGAAAUUACUAAGUUAACAGAGUUUAUUUUUAAGAAAAAUGACGUAUGCCAAAAUACGGAAACAACUGUUGGGUUACAAUUAUCAGGAUCUCCACCAUUUAUAUUGGGUUAUGAUAUAAUGUCUCCAAAUGGUCAAGUCACUAAUAACAAAAUUCAAGUCGCUACAAGAUAUGCAUCAAUUAAAUUACCAAAUACUGAACCAGGUGAAUAUAUUGCCACGAUUAAAGAGCUUUAUGAUUCCAAUUAUGGUGAAGCUGACUUGAAGAAAUUAAAUACAUUUAAAAAAUUAGAAAUCACGGUGAAACAAAUGGUUAACCCAAUUCCUGAAGUAGAAUUUAACGAUCCGGGGAAAACUUUUAAAGCUUGUUCUAUAAGUACAGAUCAAUCAUCUGAAUUGAAACCAAUUAAUUUGAAAUUAUUGAAUGGUAAAGGUCCGUACACAAUCACUUUCAACAUUAAUCAUGAAAGUACAAGUAGAUCAGAUGAAAUUGUUAUAGCCAAUAUCACGAACUCAUACUUCCCAUAUGAAAAGUUAUAUGAAGGUUUAAGACUUGGUAAUCACGAAGUUACCAUCGCUAAGAUUAUCGAUUCUAAUGGAUGUACAAAUGAAUUUGUUGAUACUAACAAUUUCAACAGUGGCUAUAUGAAUAAUAAUAAUAAUAAUAAUUUAGACAAUAAAAAGAUUUCCAUUUCAAUAACCGAUGUUCCAAAGAUUCAUCUCUUAGAUUCCUCAGUUGAUUAUUGUGUUGGUGAUUACGUUACAUAUCAAUUAAAUGGUAUUGCCCCAUUUACCAUUAAAUACGAAUUCAAUGAUAUACCAUUGAAAUCACAGGAAUAUACAUCUCAAUUCAUUAGAUUGGCAUCUGAAGCAGGUAUCAUUUCAAUCAAUUCCAUCCAAGAUUCCUCUUCACAAUGUAUCGUCAAUUUCAAUAACAAUGAGCAAAUGAUAGAUGAAUAUGAAAAGCUACGAUUAGAAAUUCACCCAAUUCCAUCGGUCACCGUCUCCCAAGGUGAUUAUGUCAUUGAAGAUAUUCAUGAAGGUGAUCAAGUAGAAGUUACAUUUUCAUUCGAAGGUACCCCUCCAUUUUCAUUAACUUACGUUAGAAGAGAGGAAAUUGAUGGUAAGAAUGAUAAAAAUAAACAACAAGUAGCAGAAACUCAUAAAGUAAGCGAUAUUAUGGAUUUUGAAUAUAAAAUAAUAACUAGUUUGCAAGGUACUUAUGAAGCUAUUGAAAUCUCAGAUGCUUACUGUUUUGUUAAAAACGAUGCAUUUUUCAAUACUUGA